AUGGACGCAUACCACCCGCGCGUCCAUUGGAGUCGCCAAGGCCUCAACCUCGUCGGCUGCGCUGUCAUUUUCCUUCUCUACCGCGCCGCGGCCGUCAACACAUACUACCCAGCGACAGUAGAUCUUCUGAUCAGCAUUCUUCUCGCUGAGUUCUGCCGCUUCAACAACGAAGGCCGAAGAAUAGCAUUUCGACAGGCCGCGUCGCAUCCUAAAGACAAAGAAGAUGUUGAGAAGCACGCCUUGACCGCUGCUGGCCGGCGCGAGGCAGCGAGCAGUGAGGCUAUCGCCGCCAUCGUCGGCUGGCGCGAGGACCCAGCACUGUGGGCGCGGUGUCUGGACAGCUACAAGGCGGCCAUCGGGUGCAAAUUCCUGCUCGCCGGAAUCGACGGCCAUGACUCGGAUGACAUGGAAAUGAUCGACAUUUUCAAAAAGGUCUAUCCCGCGCAAUCAUGCGUGAUUCACGUCGACAAGCCCCUCGGCGAGAUCGCCAACGCGGUCCGGGCAUCGGAGAAGACAGCCCGGCGGAAGCUGGGCAAGGUCAUCGACGAAGAUGAGAUCAACCAGAUCGCGAUGGAGCGCUGCAAGCAGGUGGCGCGACGCGCGCUGGAGGGACACCUCGGAGACAGGCCGCUGAGCGGGCCAGAGGGCAUAAAGCAACUGCUGGUGUACCAGCGGCACUUGCACAAGAAGGGCAUCAUGUUCACCGUGCUGGUCUUCUCCAUCGUUUUGGCGGACCUGCUGGGCGUCGAGUUCGUGUGGUCGUCUGACUCGGACACGAUCGUGCUGCCAGAGUCGCUCGACGGGACCAUCAGCACCGUCGCGGGGGACCACACGAUCGGGGGCGCCAGCUCGGGCCUGGUCGUGCACAACGCAGCUGAUACAGUCGUCACGAAGCUCGCUUCUACGAUCUACUGGUGCGAGCUGUACCUUACGAGGUCCAUGCCGGGGUCUAUGGCUGUCAGCGACUGCCAGAGCGGACCCAGUGCGGUGUUCAGACUGUCUGCGAUCAGUCCGAUCCUGAUCCGUUGGUACAACCAGCGGGUGUUCGGGAAGAGAAUGAUUGUCAACGAAGACCGUCAUCUCACUACACUCCUCCUUCUCCAAGGUUGGCGUGUCAUAUACGCCGGGGACAUCAUGACAGAGACAGAAAGCCCAGUAACGCUCGUGCGCUGGAUACGGCAACAGGUCCGCUGGGCUCGAGCACAACACAUAGAGUCGCUGCUGCUGCCGAGCGUCUACGCCAAGUCGCACCCCUUCCUCUUCAUGUCGGCGCUGCGGCGAGAGGUCGCCCACCUGAUCGUCUUCGUGCAGUGCCUGCUGUACCUAUUCACCGAGCACAACCUGCUGUACUUCAACAUGCCCGACUUCGGGCUGCGCAUCGUUGGUAUCGCCAUGUAUAACUUCCUGCGCAACCCCGACCGCCAGUCUACGGCUGCCGUGUUGUGGAUGCUUCCUGGUCUGUUGUUCUACAACGUGCCCCUGCCUGCCGUGCAGGCGUGGAGCUUGGUCACGCUCACGGCCGAUACGUGGGGAAAUAGCAUGAGAUCGAGCACCGAGCGCGCCAAGAAGGAGAGCCUGAGAAAGAAGUGGUUCGAGUCUGGAUUCUUUCCCCUAUGCUGUGCCCGAGUGGUCAACGAUGAGCAGUCGAAAAAGAUUGUCAACGACCCGCAGCACAGCACGCGUACGCCAGAGACCAAGGAGUCCCCAAGGACUAUCACAGGUUGGGAGUGGGCUCUGGCCUAUGCCUCCCUCAUGUCAACCGUCCUGCUCUUGACCCUCGACAACACCAUUUCCUUCGCGAAGGUUGCCACCAUCCAGCCCACAAUCGUUGAGACUUUCGGCCACCAAGAGGAUCUGGCCUGGAUAGGAGUUAGCUUCGGUGGCACUCUCUUUGCCUGGGACGGCGGCUCGGAGAUCACCCUUUGGGUAAUGACCCUCGUUCUUUUCGUCGCGGUUGUCCUCGUCACCAUCUUCCACCCAUUUGUCCCACCCGAGGGUAGGAUGAUGCCUGUGCAGUUCAUGAAGACGAAGGAUCUCAUCAUUUUGCCCCUCCAGGCUUUCCUUGUUGCUGGAUCCAUGAUGAUGUCCAUCUUUUACACUCCUCUGAUCUUUCAGUUCACCAAAGGCGACAAUGCCCUUCAAGGUGGAGUUCGUAUCCUGCCUCUCAUCUGUAUGAUCGUCUUCGGUUGUCUCCUCAAUGGCGUUCUCAUGCCUAGGCUCGGCUACUAUAUCCCUUGGUAUGUGGUUGGCAACGCCUUAUUGGUGACUGGUGCUGCACUGAUGACUACUAUCGACGCAGACAUAUCCAAUUCUCGCCUCUAUGGAUACACAGUCCUCAUUGGCCUUGGGAUAGGCUGCUUCCAGAGCGCUGGAAUUGCAGUGGUGUCGGCCCUCGUCCCUGCAUCUGAUGUCAACAAUGCAGUUUCCAUCAUGACAAUUUCACAAGUGCUCGGCAUCAUUGUUGCCCUUUCCAUCUCCGGGUCCGUCUUCUAG